AUGUCUGUGUCUGUGGAGGAACUUAAAGCAAUUUUAGACUCUAAAUUGAGUCCACUUCACAAUGAAAUCUCUCAACUGAAAGAAAGCUUACGAGAGACAACUCAAUUUCUGGAAAUGGCGAACGCGAAGUAUGAAGAAGUCUCAAAAAAACUCGAGGCAUUUGAAAGCCAAAAGUCCCAUCUCGUUGCUGRGAAUACAACAUUAAAGAAAACUAUUCAAGUAAUGGAAUCCAAGAUUCAGCAGCUCCAGAAGGAAUMGAAUGAYGUUARGCAAUAUACUAGACGAGAUUGCCUGGAGAUCCAAGCCGGGGACAUCGAACUGAACCCUGGCUUUCAGACCCUCAAGGAUAUCAAAAAUAUCAGAGGGUUAAAAAUUGGUCAUCUAAACAUACGAAGCCUUCGUAACAAUGUGGAUUCUCCUUGUAUUGAAAACCUCGACACAACUUUUGACGUGUUAGCUAUAUCUGAAACUUGGCUGGAUUCUACAAUAGUAGAUGUUGAAAUAUCUCUGCCUGAUUUCACUUGCGUUAGGCGGGAUCGAACUGGAGACAAGUCUGGUGGCGGAGUUGCUGUCUACAUCAAGGAAAGUUUGCCUUAUCGAAUAAGAGAUGAUUUGAAGAGAACCGAUUAUGAAUAUGUUUGGAAUGAGUUGUUGCGAAACAAGUGCAAGCCCACUCUGAUCUGCUGCGCCUACAGAGCCCCCGAUGUGAAUGCUAAAGAUUUUAUUUCUUCAUUAAGUAAUUCCAUGUCGUCCAUCGAUCUAGACAAAUCUGAUGUAGUCUUGUUGGGAGAUUUAAAUGUGAAUUUGCUUAAAAAUUCGAAGGGAUGCAAGAAGGAUAAACAAGAACUUCUUAAAUUCUCACGGACAUACGACUUSAAACAACUUAUAAAAGAACCUACUAGAAUCACUGACACCUCUCGAUCACCAAUCGAUUUGAUUUUUGUGAACAAUGAACAUCGUAUCACCAAGUCUGGCAUUGUUCCUCUUACAAUAAGUGACCAUUCUUUAAUUUUCUGCAUAAUUAAAGCUGGUGUUUUGAAGGCUAAUCCUAGAACAUUUGAAUAUAGAUCUUACAAAAACUUUGAUGCGAAUAAAUUCAAGRAAGAUCUUAGUGACGUUCCCUGGCAUAUUGUUAAUAAUGAAAAUGAUAUCAAUGAUGCGGUGUCUACUUGGAAUASUUUAUUUUCCGACAUUGCAAAUGAGCAUGCACCGAUUAAAAGACAGAGACGUAGAGGAGUACCGCUUCCUUGGAUGAGCAGUAAAAUCAGCGAAGAAAUGAAAGACAGGGAUCGUCUUCAUCGAAAAUUUUUGAAAACAAACUAUGUUGGUCACUGGAAUGCCUAUAAGAAAAAGAAAAAUGUUGUCAAUCGUAUGGUAAAAACUGCUAAGUCUAAAUACUACUGUGACUUGAUCGAAGAUGCCGGUGGAGAUUCAAAACGUAUCUGGAAAGCAGUUAAUGAAGCCUGUAGUCGAAAACCUAAUUCUAAUUCUCAGUCUAUACAAUGCAUUGUUGCUGACGGCGUUCACUAUCUUACACCUAAAUCUAUUGCAACUACGAUGAAUAAAUAUUUCUCGAGCAUUGGAAAAGUGCUGGCWGACAAAAUAACAUCCUVCACAAGUCCCUAUCAGUAUUUCAACCGUAAUUGUAACGAGGGAACUCUUUUUCAACUAAAGGAGCUUGAUGAGUCUUCUGUGCUUCAACAAUUGCUUGAUCUGAAACCUAACAAAGCUAUGUAA